AUGGCUCCAUCGACCCCUUCUCUUCAGGGGGAGAAGGGGAGUGAAGAGAAGUUGUCUCUGCUGUUGCUGGUGCCAAUGCCAAUGCCUUGUAUUGCUGUUGAUGAUGCCUGUUAUGUCUCUGUCUUGUUGCUCCUGCCUGUUAUGGUGCCAGGUUUUGAAGAUGUUAGGGAACAAGGUGGAAGAGUUUUUGUUCAUUGUUGUCAAGGGGUAUCUCGGUCCACCUCAUUGGUGAUUGCAUAUCUUAUGUGGAGAGAAGGACAGAGUUUUGAUGAUGCAUUUCAGUAUGUGGAAGCAGCAAGAGGCAUUGCUGGCCCGAAUAUGGGUUUUGCUUGUCAGUUGCUACAGUGCCAAAAGAGGGUCCAUGCUUUUCCUCUUAGCCCGAGUUCACUAUUGAGGAUGUACAGAAUUGCCCCACAUUCACCCUAUGAUCCUUUGCAUCUUGUCCCAAAAAUGUUGAAUGAUCCAUCACCUUCUGCUCUGGAUUCUAGAGGUGCAUUUAUUGUUCAUAUACCGUCUGCGGGUUAG